UCGCGUUACUGAGCACACGAGACCCAACAGACCGAGUGAGUUGCGUAUAGGAAGAGUUAGAACCAAACGGUUUUCCAUUUCCGCUUUCGUCUACCAGAACAACAACAAUAACAAUAACAGCAACAACAUCAAGCCUGAAACUCAACAAAAAUAAGGCAAAACAAACAAAAUAUUCACAAGGAAAACCAAAAACAAUAAUAUAAACGAAACAAAAAAUGUCGAUCUCCGAUUUUCGUAAAAAGAAGCUUCUCUUCCUGUUCAAUGUGUUCUUUGAUGUGAACCGGAGUGGUGAAAUCGACGUAAAGGACUUCGAGCUGGCCAUCGACCGUGUUUGCGAAUUGCGUGGCUGGGCAAAGGAUACGCCAAAGAAUAAGGAGACUUACGAUGUCAUGAUGGCAAUUUGGACUGGACUGCGAUCGAAGGCCGACAAGGAUAACGAUGGACAGGUCAGCGUGGAUGAAUGGUGCAACAUGUGGGAUGCCUAUGCCAAGGAUCCGAGCAGCGUGAUGGAUUGGCAAAACGCCUACAUGAACUUCAUGUUUGAUCUCGAGGACGCUUCCCAUGAUGGCGGCAUCGAUGUAACUGAAUUCACACUAGUCUGCUCCAGCUAUGGUCUGGAGAAGGGCGAAUGCGAAGAGGCCUUUGCCAAAAUGGCCCAGGGUCAGACCGAUGUCACUCGGGAGCAAUUUGCUGCUCUAUGGAAGGAGUAUUUCGCUGCCGAAGAUGCCAAUGCGCCGGGCAAUUUUAUUUUCGGCAAGACUUCCUUUGUUUAAAUCGUGCAAUUUUGGCCGAUACUUGGUCCUGGUUUAAACUGGCUCAAUUAGACAAAGAAAAACUUGACAUUUAUUACUAUAUAUCGGGAAAUUUAAGAAAAACCAAAACCGAAAAAAAAACAUAUUGAUAACUUAAACUUGUUAAAAUGAUGAUUAUAAACAAAACAGACUCCAAUUGAUACUUUCGACUAUUCCAAUCUCUUCAAUUUAGUAAUUUUCCCUCGUUUUAUAUGCAUUCCUAAUAAUUCGACCUUUAUGUAUCUCUUUAAUGUUCUAAUUUUGUGUAGUGGAGUACAAAAUGUCUAUUUAUAUUUUAAAUACUACAAAAUUUCCUAUUUAACUCUAUAACUACAGCAACUACAAAGUAAUAAAAACUAUAUUUCUUAUCUAACUAUGUACCUACGAAUAUUACAAAACGAUAUCAAUUAUGAAAAUUGGCGCAUUAGUAUACAUAUAUAUAUAUUUAUUACAUAUAUAUAUAUCAGAUCGAACCAUAAGCAAAACCAAUUAAAUUGUCAAUGUCAACUUGUUUAAUGUGUGUGUAUGUAGUUGUCCUUUAUCGUCGCAUCUCUUGGCGUAUAAAUUUCAAUGUAAAUGUAAAGUGUUCCAACAAAUUACAAUAAUAAAUGAAAAAUAUCACAACAGCAAAAACUUUACCCUAACUCAAA